GUAUUGCGAUUGAAGGUGAUUUGAUGGACUUGUCGAAGCUUGAGUCCGAUAAGAUAAUAUCUGACCACAACGAUGAAACAUGUCAACUGUUAGAUAACGAUUAUAUCAUAAUAACUUGGGAUGAACCAAAAGUCUUCACUUGGCUCAGAAUCGUAGUCAAUAAUAAAAUUACCGUACCCCUUACAGAUCUAAAGAUUUGGUACAAAAAAUAUACAAAAAUAGAAGGUCAGUUCUUACCCUGUCAGAAUCAACGCUUCUAUUUAAUCAAUUCUCGAACAAUUGACGCUUGGUGUGACUUCAAUGAAACAUUCCAGGUGCUCAAACUAACAGGAAAAGUCAAUUUCUCAAUAUGCACGUUAAAUGUCAAUGGAGGUCGCAAUGUGGCUUUAAAACAGAGCACAGCGCAGUCGAGUACCUAUAUGAGUCCAAAGUACAAAAAAGACGUCUCACAAAGUUCGAACGCAGUAGACGGGAAAUUAGAUGUAAAGUAUUUUACAUUCAAAGAAGGGAGUUGUGCACGAACUGCUUUGGGCGAUAAAAACUCAUUUUGGAGUGUACAGUUUCUUCCUCAUCUAAUCACAGAAUAUGUUUUAUAUGGCAGAAGAGACUCUGAUAAUUUAUUCGGAUUCACAUUAACUACUUUUCCGAAGACUGAUAAGUCAUUUACUUUUGAGAACACUGUUAAAGAACAAAGUAAAAUAUAUAAAAUAGUAGACCCAAGAAAGAAUUUAGUUUCCAAUGUUACAAUAGCUAGAAAAACAGUCCUUAAAUUUUGUGAAGUUGAAAUUUAUGGGGAAUGUCCAACUGGGACCUGGGGAUUAGCCUGUACUAAUUGCUCUCAGCACUGUCCUAACGAAUGCCACGUGGAGGAUGGGCGAUGUUUCAAUUUAUGUUUAAGUUUUCCUUAUCCUCUAUUUUGUGAUCUACAUUGUGUACCAACAUAUUUUGGUUCAAACUGUAAGUCAAAGUGUUCCUCUCAAUGCUCUGAAUCUAUUUGUGACUCUAAAACUGGAAAGUGUCUGAACUGCUUACCAGGCUAUACUGGCGAUCUCUGCAACAUAAUUUGUGAAUCUACACAUUAUGGUCAAAACUGUUCAAGUACUUGCAGUCCUUCAUGUAUGGAUCAACUGUGUGACCGGCAUGAUGGACACUGUCUGAUGUGUAACAAUACACUUUAUGGCAAGCAAUGUGAUGAAAAAUGCCCCAUUCAUUGUCUGAAUGAAACAUGCGACGUAUUUACUGGUAAAUGUCUGGCCUGUAAACCUGACUAUGUAGGAGACUUUUGUGACACAACUGAAAAUACCUUGGACCAGACUGCUGCUGUUGCUGUAGGAGUCUCUGUAGGUGCUGUUGUACUUACUUUCCUAGUUAUUGGUACUGCUGUUGCUGUUUACAAAAGACGAGUCAAGAAAGAAAAAGUAGAAUCCAAAGUUGCCCGGAAUGAUGUCGCGAAGUCAGAGAAUGUAGAACAUUACAACAAAAUGCAAGACGACAAUUAUCAAGACGUUGACUCCGUACAUGAUCAAUAUGAGACAAUGUCAUGUGUAGGAGGUCUACAAAUGGAAUCAAAGGAAAGUCAAUUUGAGAUGGUAUCAUUUGAUAAUCAAGAUUACAGUAAUGAAACUUAUCAGAAUGUCAGGAUAAAAAGAAUGUGA